AUGCCACUGCUGCCUGAUCAUCAAACCACACAGCCUGAACUAUCAAGGGACAGAAGCCCUGCAAAAAGUGAAGUUUCCUUUGAGCUGAUAGUGUCUGGAAUGGGAGGAGAUGUGUGGCAGCUGGGCCUCCAGCUGUGCGUUAUAGCUGUGCUGCUCCUUGGUGGAGGAAGAGGGAGAGAGUUCCCUGGCAGCCUGACCUGCCUGAAUAACUACAUGACUACUGUGAGGUGCAUGUGGACGAUGAAAGAGCCUGUGGGAGAUGGACCUUUCCACCUGCAUUUCACCAACCUCUGGUCAAAGGGCCACAACGCCAGCUGCAAACUGAUUGCCAGGGAGAACAUGCAGAAUCAGUACCACUGCACAAUCCAUUUAGCCAGCCAGAUGUUGGAAACAGAUGGUUAUAGAGUCUCUCUCCAAGGCAACUUCUUUGGACGUAAUCAGACAUACAUUAUCUUUCCAGAGUACAAUCCCUGCAAUCACAUAAAACUUGAUCCACCUCUGAAUAUCCAGAGCAACGUCACUGCCAGCAAGUGUCAUAUAUGGUGGAGCUUGCACCUUUGGCACCUCGCUGAAAUUCUUCAAUACGAGUUGCAGUAUAAGGAGUACAGCAUGCCCUGGGAGACCGCACUGAACAAGACACCAUCCAGUUCACUGCCACAGAUAGAAAUUGAAGCCACAGAGCUUCGCAGUGGCAUCACUUACGUUGCACGAGUUCGAUGCAAAAUUUCUGAAAAUGAGGAUUCAUACCAUAGUCAGUGGAGCGAGUGGAGCCAGACAACAAUGUUUCAAAGAGCAGAUGUACCAAAAAUGUCUGAAAAGAUCCUAAAUACCAGAACUAUGCCGUUCUUGUUCAUUCCUUUGAGUUUUGGCACUCUACUCUAUUUAUUUUGGAACUGCAAGCUUUCUUCAAGGGCAAAAAGCCUCUCCUGUUUUAACAUUCCCACACCAGCUGCUUUCUUUCAGCCACUCUAUAAUUUGCACAAUGGGAAUUUUAAGGACUGGGUUGGACCUAAUGAAGCUUGUAUCCAACCCAGAAGAGAAGAGGCCAGCAACUUAAACAAAGUGACUGCAGACGGAGUUUCUGAUCUCAAUAUCCAAGAUCUGAUUUCCCAGAUCUCCUUGAAACCUCUGGAAAGCACAAAUCUGGUUGCCACAGAAGAAAACUUUGUAUUUGCCUCAGGUCCAAGCCAGCAGUAUGUCCCCAGCAGGUAUGUAAGAGCAGAAGAGAUAGAAGUGAAGCUGGGACUAUUGUUUGCACAAAACCAUGCUGACGAUAAAGUUGGCCUGAAAAUCUCUGAGAUAAUUAAAGCCAACCUUGAGAACCCUAGCAUGGAAAGGAAUUAUCCUUCUCAUUCACAGCAUGGAAAAGGUGACUGCCUUAUGCGUAUGGAAUCUUUUGAGAUAGCAAAUGUGUCCUUCAGCAGUAGUGACUAUUGUACCUUGUGUGACAAUGAUACCACAGGAGGUUUGAUUCCUGCUGAACUACUGGAGCUCUCCAACGGUAAUAGUCGUGUCAAACAGCAGAGUGAUCAGAGUGACCUUUCCUGAGGCGUACUGCCUGCAAAGAUCUUUGUGCUGUCCUCUCACCUCCCAACACUGUCCUCCCAAGUGGCUUAAAUGGUGGCUGUGCAGACAAUUACAAACGUAUCAUUUUUAGGUAAAUCCUCAAUUUCUGUACUUCAAAAGAAGAUUGUGACCAACUCCUCUGGCUAGCAAAUACAGGCAUGGCAAGGCCUGACACCAGUGACAUCUACUGUCAGAAGACACAUGACCACGCCCUUCCCAAAAUGAACCUCUUGGCAGCAGCAGAAGUCCAGGAAUCCCCUAGUCUAAGGAAGCAGCAGCAGACCUGCCACUUUUCCUCAGGAAGAGCUAUUGGAAUUGUGUACCUCUCAGAAGCAGCAAUAUUUGCAAUGUGCUGAACCACGAUUUAAACUCCAUCAUUAUUUUAAAACUAUGUAUGAUUCUUCAUAAAACCAUGAUAAACAAUUUUUGCUAAAGAGGGUAAUUUUGCUUCUUAGUAUGAUAUUGAUGACUUCAAAUGGUUCCUGAUUACAUCAGAAUUUAUAAUUGCACUAUUUAAAGACAAUCAGGUGGCGGGCCUUGUUCUUUAUUAACCUGAAUGGCUGUAACUUUUUAUUUUGCAGUAACUAAGCCCCAUUUAGUGCUUUGAUUUUAACAAUAAUUUAUUUCAAGGUUAAGUGGCUGCGAUGAUCUAAUGGAGAAAGGUGAAAAGCAAGAAUAGCACAAAUGAGCUUCAUUUAAUCACUAAACAGGCCAGGCUCAGUGCCUAUCCAGGGCUUUUAUUUUUUCUCCAGAAAAGAUGAGUCCUUUGCUUAUCUGCUCAACAGGUACAGCCUUUCUGAGCCAAAUCUCUGGAGGUUUACUUUCUGCCCUAGACACAGAAAAUCCUACAUAUGACUGAUUACCCACCAAGCAGAUUCCUGGAGUUACAUCUAGGUUUACAGGGCUCAACAAUUUUAGCAAGCACUGAGAUGUGUACACGUGUAUCUACACUAGCUGGCACCUGCAUACACACAUUCACUCUCUCUUCUUUGGAAAUGCUUCCCUUGUCUCAUGGUUUAACCCCAGCCAGCACCUAGGAUCACAGCUGCUCCCU